UCUAGUUUGAUAAAGUUAGAUCAUCAAAAUGUCAUUGAUUCUGCCCUGUUUAUUGAUCAUUUUACUUUUAUUUAUUGUAUCAUUCUGGAAAAUAAUGAAAAAUAUUUUAAAGUAUCGAAAAUACGAUGAUUUGCUCCCCGGUCCACCUGCUCAUCCGAUUUUUGGAAAUACUAAAACAUUCUCGAAUAAAACCACAGAAGAAAUAUUCCAAGCUCUGCGUGAUCUUUUCAGUGAAGCGGUAGAGAAAGGUCAGAGCCUUAUAAGGCAUAGAAUCCUUGGAACAUUCUAUGUUUGGCCAUUGGAUGGGAAAACUGUUUCGAAAAUUCUGGAAUCCACAACUGAGCUAGACAAAGGUGGACCCUAUGAGUUUUUCAACGAUUGGCUGGGUGGUGGAACCUUAUUGGAAGGAUACGGGGAACGAUGGAGGUCUCAUAGAAAAAUGUUAACUCCAACUUUUCAUUUUGCUAAAUUGGAAGGUUACUUUGAAGUUUUCAAUACCGAAUCCAGGGUUGUGGUAGACUGCCUGGACAAAUUUGCAAAAUCCGGAGAAACUGUGGAUUUGUUCCCAUUUUUCAAAAGAUGCACAUUGGAUACUAUUUGCAAAACAGCAAUGGGUGCAAAAGUUGAUGCACAACUUCAAAAUAGCCAUCCGUACAUUACUGCCAUAGAACAAGCACUACAAUUGGGUGUGCUAUACGCGAUGAACCCACACCAUCAAAUUCCGGCAAUUUACUGGGCUCUUGGCCACCAGAAGAAAAAAGACGAGUACUUUAAUAUUAUGAAAACAUUCACCCGCAAUGUGAUUGCUGAACGAAGAACUGCACGUGAAUCCGGAGAAGUUGAAAAAGAGACUUCCAAACGGAACAUGAACUUUUUGGAUAUUCUACUGAGUAAUGAGGAGUCAAGUGUACUGUCACCUGAAGACCUCCGCCAAGAAGUUGAUACAUUUAUGUUUGCUGGACAUGAUACAACAACUACAUCUGUGUCCUGGGUUUGUUGGAAUCUUGCACAUCAUCCAGAUAUUCAGCAGAACGUUUAUGAAGAGAUUGUCAGUGUUUUCGGAGAAGAUCCAAAUGAAGAUGUCACUACGGAGGGAAUCAAGAAAUUGGAAUAUACUGAAAGAAUGCUCAAAGAGUCGAAAAGAAUUUGCCCAACUGUUCCCGCGGUUCUUCGGCAAUUGAUUAGUGAUAUGGAAAUUGGUGGUGUGCUCAUCCCAGCUGGUGCAAACGUUGCGAUAGCUCCAAUGGCAAUUCACAAAAACGCGAAUAUAUAUCAAAAUCCAGACAUAUUUGAUCCAGAUCGUUUCCUACCUGAAGAAACUGCAAAACGACAUGCCUAUGACUUUAUUCCCUUUUCUGCAGGGCUUCGGAACUGUAUCGGGCAGAAGUUCGCCCAGCUAAACGAGAAAGUUAUGGUUAUACAUCUUCUGAAAAACUUCAAAAUUGAGCCAAUGGGUGGAUAUUAUUCAACGAAACAAGUUUUCGAGCCUGUCGGAAAGCCGUCUAAUGGGAUUCCAGUGAGAUUGGUCAGACGUUUAUAGUGAAUAACGUGUCGAGUAAUUUGCCAAUUUUUUCCAUAGUAUGUUAUUGCGGAAAAAUAUUCGAAUAAAUUGUGUUAUCAACAUUUAUUUUUUAAAUACUCUAUAGCGUUUUGAGCUUCUGCAAUUGACUUACCCCGCUAGCUACGUCACUUUAAAAUUUACUACAUUAAAAUAUUCAGAAAUACAAAUUCUAUUUAAUUUUU